AUGGCCGCCCCUGUGGUCCCAUAUGGACAGGGUCAAAACCGCUUCUGCAGCGCUGCACCUGCGGCCCAAAGUGCGCAGGUUCAGUAUAUAGGUAUUAGUGCUGGUGAUAUCUAUAAUACAAGCCGAGUAAUUGAAGGUAAUACUUUUAUUGACUUGUUGGCACAACUCGCUAGCGCACAAAAUAAGAAGCAAUGGGAAAUUGGACCUAUUCUCCCUACUAAACUAGCUAAUCAUAUCUCAUAUAAUAAGAAAAACAACUGUUUGGAUUGGCUGAACAAGCAACCUCUAAAAUCAGUUCUUUAUGUAUCUUUUGGAACGUCAACUUCAUUUUCUGAUGAACAAAUCAAGGAGCUCGCGAUGGGAUUAGAGCGAAGCAAACAAAAGUUCAUAUGGGUGUUGAGAGAUGCCGAUAAAGGAGAUAUCUUUACUGGAGAAGCUAGAAGAUUUGAGUUGCCAGAAGGUUUUGAGGAAAGACUAAAAGGGGUAGGCUUAUUAGUUAGAGAAUGGGCACCACAACCAGAAAUCUUGGCUCAUUCACCGACAGGUGGAUUCAUGAGUCAUUGUACAUGGAAUUCUUGCAUAGAGAGUAUUACUAUGGGAGUGCCAAUAGUUGCUUGGCCUAUACAUUCUGAGCAACCAAUUAAUGCCUUUUUUGUGACGGAAAUACUGAAUGUUGUGAGGAAGUUAAUGGAAUCAGAAGAAGGUGAUGUGAUUAGGAAAAGAGCAGAAGAAUUAGGAGCAGCAGUAAGGCAGUCAACAGAGAAAUUAGGGGGCGCUUCUCGAAUGGAGUUAGAUUCUUUCAUUGCUCAUAUCACUAGAUAGACUUGUUUCUCACAAGAAAUUUGCUAUGUUUCUUGCUUUUCCUUAUUCAGUCUUUAUUUCUCUUUUCAAGUUUCAGUUUACUUUUUCAAGUUUUCCAAUCCUGUUUGAAUUCUCUAUUUAUAGCUCAGACUAGAUCAUAUCUAAAAUUUCUUAAAUGAUCUUGGAAUGCU